ACCCGCUAGGCGGCGAACCGUUAUUUCGUCGAGUCGUGUCUUGUAUUUUUCGUUCAGUGUCUAUCUCUCGCACAUAUAAUAAUUAACCGUCGUCGAGUAAACGGAUUUAGUGAAGGAACUGAAUAAUCAACGUAUCUCUUUUUUUGACAAGUUUGCUACUGCACUCCAUUAGAAAUGUCAAACAACACGAAGAAAAAACAAGAAGAAAAACAUCUCAAAAUCCUGAGAGAAUUCCUCUCCUUGUCAACAAACAAAACAUGUUUUGAUUGUAAUCAAAGGGGUCCCACUUACGUCAACACCACCAUUGGUUCAUUUGUGUGCAUAUCAUGCUCAGGAAAACUGAGAGGGCUUACUCCACCUCAUCGCGUCAAGUCAAUCUCAAUGGCAUCUUUCACUCCAGAGGAAAUAGAUUUCCUAAAGAGUCGAGGCAACGAAUACUGUAAACUUGUUUGGAUGGCCCAUUAUAAUGCGGCGGAGCUUUCUUCGGAAACGAAAGACGAACAGAAAUUCAAAGAUCACUUAGUUGCCAAAUACGAAAAGAAGAGAUGGUAUGCCGAUCCUAGCACGCUCACCGAUCGACUCCCAGCAGCCAAGCUGAAUGGGGUGAAUGGUGAAUCCUCUCAACCUGUUCAGGCUCAUCCAUCAACGGUCACGUCUUCCCCAGUAGCACGUCCUGUGGUCUCUGCGAUUCCCUCGGUUCCACUGUCAUCAGUCCCACUAUCAAAGACUUCAGAUUUGUUGGCCGAUUUGGAUUUCUUUGUUCCAGCCGUACCCUCUGCUGGCUCAGCUUUCUCUUCACCUCGGAAAAAUCAUUCGUCUAUUCCUCAGUCCGUCAGUCAGCCAUCAUUUGCCAAUUUCCAGAAUGCCGAUUUCUUUUUCUCGGAAACUUCGCCGCAGAAAACGAUUGCUGCUCCGGCUGCUGUCACGCAUCAGGUCCAAAGCGGAGCGGUCAAUGGCAUGGCAAGUCCGCUUAAAGUGGGGGCAUCGAACGGAGUUGCAGCUCCGACAGAAGAUCGCUAUUCUGCACUAAAAGACCUGGAUGCAUUGUUCACAACACAGACGACGCCAAUAAGUGAGCCAAGCGUUUCGGCGGCGGCUAAUUGGAAUCCUUCUUGGAAUACCGGAACCGCUCAAGCCGCCACCGCCGCCCCGCCUACCCACCUUCAUCACCACUCCGAGUCAGUGUUUUCCAGCCACAACAACGCUGCUGCUGCUGCUGUUGCAGUGGAAACGCCCGUAGCGUGGUCGUCGUUUACGCCUUCGAACAGCAGCAACCCGAGUAACCCUUUUCUCGCCGUCGCCUCUGUGCCUACUCAACCAGGUACACAACCCGUCCAUUACGGCAAGCCAGCUCUUCCCUGGGCCAAUUUCUCUUCAUCGCCUCUGUCCGGCUCUCCGAACAUGACCUCUGGGACAAACGUUGCCUUUCCAGCUGCCAGUGCCGCCGCCGCCGCCGCCGCCGCCAACAGUCACUUUGCUUUCGGUUUCGGCGGUCAUCCCAAUCCUAUGGUGAGUGUCGCAACGACCCUCACCACCAGCCAGUCAUUGGACCUGUCGCCCAAAACAUGGGGAACUUCGACCGGAAUGAACCCUUUCAUGGAUGCGACCAGUUUUACCCAGGGACGGUCUCACAAUCCUUUUUUAUAGCCAUACUGUUAGCGUUUGAAAAGAAAAGAAGGAGA